UUGCUAGUUACUGAUCGCCAAGAACAUAAAAUUCUUUAGGAAUCAAGCUGAAAAAUAUCGAAUCAAUGGUUGCUGCAAGGUCUAUGUGGAUGUUUAUGAUGAUGUUACUCUUGUUUGCUGCAUGCGUCUUCUCUGCUCAAGCUGCAGGUCGACAGCUUUCAGACACUAAGAAUGGCAUUGCUUCGACUGAACCGACAGCUUCUAAUGGUUUAGAUGGAGGAAACAAGGCGGCAGCUGAUGGCAAACAGGUGAAGCCACCGGAGAAUAUAAAAGAAAAGGGGGUGGAGAAAAUGGAAAGUAUUAGUAAAGAUGAUCAUUUCUCUAAUGGAGCAAAUCAUCAUGAGUCUGGAUUGAUGGUUUUCAACGUUGAUUAUAGUGCUCCAAGGCACCACCCCCCUACAAACAACUGAGCGUCACUAGGGUAAUUAGAUGAAUAAUAAUGUUGAUGUUGGAAA